AUGAGUCGCCUGGUGGCUCCGAAGUUGUUGAUACCGUCUUUGGGCCAAGGGGAACGCGGCGCUGGCUCGCCAGCUGAAUUCGAGUCUGCUCCUUCCGAGUCACGGCCAAGUUCCAACUUGGCUACUUCGCAAAACAGGCCUUUGCACCCACGGUGCGAUGGACACGCACCUCGCCCGAUCGCUUCGAUAGAGUCCUUCUCAUCAAGGUCAGAUUCCAAAGAUUCGUCUCUGCCCUUGCCAUUCUCGCAGCGUCCAGAUCCACUUCAUUCGGCCUGGAGUGCAGAGAGCGAAGUGGUGAGUCAAGCUGAUCCCAUAAGCCCAAGCAGCGCCCUAGGUGGGGCGAUCUCCACUUUUGGGGCUCCGGCAGAAUGGUGGCAUGAUUCCAUCAUCUUGGGCAGGCUUAGUGCUUUGGCUCUGCGAUACUUUGCUACAAAGGCGGUCAAGAAACCGUGGAAAGCCUGGCUACGAUACCUCGAUGCUGUCCGCCAUAAAGAAGAAAGCCGCUUGCGCAGCCAGCUGCAGCUUGCGCUGCGCUUGUGGAGACGGCGCACGGUGUGGCAUGGACGACGUCUGGCGCCGAAGCGCCCUCUGCUGCUUGCCUUGCAGAGGAUUGCACAGACACACUUAGCCCCGGUUUGGGGGCGGUUGCGUCAGGCUGUCUUUGCGCAACGAGACGUGGAGCGCAGGCUUCGAGUGCUGCACCUGAUUCGCCGGAAGAUGAUGGAAACCAUGGCCCAGGUACACUACUAUCAAUCGCUGUUGCGACUCGGGCUUGCGGCACUCUGGCUGGCAGUCAAAGUAAGGGACACAUCGUCCAGCUCCGUUGCAUCAGCUCCAGUAGCGGUAUGCUCGACCCGUCACACCCAUGUGCAGCAGGUUUUGAGCCGGGCUUGGCGCCGUUGGCGCUUCGCGACCCGGAUGUGGCUCUCAUCUGCUCAGUACCGGGAGCGAGAACUUGAGGCCUGGCUGACUGGAGAGUGCUCGACUCCUCGGUCCAUGAUCCUUGCUGAGGCCUUUGAGUCUCUACCUGUGGCCGAAACCGAAAGGCCGGUCUCAGCCACGGCCAUGUCGUCUCCUUCGCCAGACAUUGUCCGCCGGCACCCCUUCCUCGCAGAAGGAAGCAGUGGGCUUCAGGUGCAGGCUGAAGUAGAGCCUCUAUUGCUGCAGGACGACCAGGCAAUGGAUGCGGGCACCCUCGGACGACAGGCUUGGCUUCAAAGAUCCCGCAAGCUGAGUACUGCGCAGAGGUCAAGACAGCUUUCGCAGGUGUCAGGAAAGAGCUCCAAAGGCAAAGACUUGGACAAGCACCGGCGCCAUUCCAGCGAGGAUUCAGGCGCCGGUCUAGCCACUCCCAGCGUGCCAGACAACAGGCAACAGAGGACAUACUCCAACCAGUCAUCUGACGCCGAG